AUGGCCAUGCCUCUCUUUUCAUGGUUCUUUUGUAUUUGGAUAUGCACUAGCUCUCUGGCCUGGGGGUACCCAUCUGAAGGAGGUUAUUCAUCCCCAGAAGCAUGUCAAGCCUCAACGGCAGCAAACCCCCUUGAUGGUUGUCCAGAGAGUACAGUCCUCGUCUCCGCCACCCAUGAACAGGCACAUUUCCGCACUAUCCAAGGUGCCAUUGACUCCCUCCCGCACGAUGACACGAACCAAACAAUCCUCAUCCUUUCCGGAACCUACACCGAACAACUUAAUAUCACCCGGCCAGGGCCUCUGACACUGCUAGGCGAAUCCAACAGCCCACACAAUGCCUCAACGAACUCUGUUCACGUCGAGUGGGCUGCAGCCACCGAGCAAGGAAUCUACACCGACAAUGUCUACACCAGUGUUCUCAUCGUUGCGCCGACCCUCAACGCAAGCCUCACAGGGUCCGGGCCAGCAGGACUCCCCGUCCCGCCCGGUACGCCCUUCGGGUGUAGCGACUUCCGGACCUACAACAUUGAUUUUCGUAACGUCUACGCCGAACAGUCGGCCGGCCCAGCACAUGCGUUGAGUUUCUCUCGCGCGAACGGCGGGUUCUAUUAUUCCGGGUUCUACAGUUACCAGGACACGGUUUUCGUUGGCAAACUGGGGAACGCUUACUUCCACUCGAGCAUCGUCGCCGGGCAGACUGAUUUCCUGUACGGGUUUGGCACCGCAUGGGUCGAACGAUGUGAGCUGGUUCUUCGGGGAUGUGGAGGCGGCAUCACGGCGUGGAAGGGGACGAAUACUACGUAUGCCAAUAAAUUCGGUGUGUAUGUGCAUGAUUCUACCAUCACGGCUGUGAAUGCUUCCGUUGCAGUGGAGCAAGAGGGACAGUGUGCCCUAGGUCGACCCUGGAAUAGUGGACAUCGGAGUAUCUUUGCAGGGACUUAUGAAGACGAUACAAUUCGAGAUAGUGGAUACGUGCUUUGGGAGGCGCCCAUUACGGAGCAGACGCUCAUGGGAGAGUAUGAGAAUCUUGGGCCUGGAUGGGGUGUUGCAGCGCGGCGAACGUACAAUUAUAGUGUGCUGUUAGAUGAAGAAACGUGGAAUGGGUAUAACUCGCCGGCAAAAGUGUUCCUAACCGAGGAAGGUAGGCCGGGCAAUGUUGGCUGGAUUGAUCAACGGAUCCAGUGGUGGUAG